UGUAGACAGCAGUGCCUCAUUUUGAUUUUAUAAAGCUUGAAAAUAGUUUCCGUCAAUCCAGUAUAUACUAAGUACCAUAAUCCACGUGCGAAAGAAAGUCGAAAAUCAACAUGGCCUACGCUUCUAAGCCCUUUUCCCCUGACCUUAAUCGCGGAAAUUGGGAAAAACCGACGGACUAUAUUUUUGCCUGUUUUGGAUUAGCCCUGAAACUAGAUAUUUUUGUGGCCUCGUAUUAUUUCUUUUUUAAUAUGGGCAUUUUUGGAAUGGUGCCGUACCUCAUGUAUAUGGUUAUCUUCUUGGUUCCAAUCAUGGUCAUCCAUUCCUACAUGGGUCAGUUCUCCAGCAGUGGGUUCAUUUCCGCAUUUCGCCUGUCUCCUGUUUGUAAAGGCAUGGGUUAUGUUAGUCUUAUCUUGACUAUCACGCUUCUAAUUUACUACGCCAUUUUUGCUGCCGUACCGCUGCUCUUCAUGCUUAACUCCUUUCGACCCACUUUACCUUGGAGUUGUGAAGGCUUCAAGUCCUGGCAGAAUGACACUAUUGUGAAAUUGAGUAUAUGUAAUGUGACAAUAGCUGAGCAUGUUGCAAAAGAGUCCGAAAACGAGACAUACAUAUCAGAAAUUUAUGUUCCAUCCAUUGUCUACUUUCAAAGCCAUUUUGAAAGUUUUGAAAAUGAUAUUGGCGACUACGAUAUUUCAUGGCAUUUAUCGGGCCUGUUUGCUUUAGUUUGGGCCAUGAUUGCAUUCGUAUUUUACAAAUUCUCGGAGCCGGCAAAGUUUGGAAAGUGCAUUCGUUACAUGGUUAUUGGGACCGUCGCUCUACUUUUAGCGUGCUUUGUGCGCUUUCUAUUUCUUCCAGGAGCGCAUCUGGGUCUUAAAAACUAUAUGACUCCAUCUAUAGAGGAAUUUGUGGUGGGGGUUUCUUCGACAUUUAUAAUGGCACUACAAGCGUUUGGAGCUGGCUGGGGCAGUGUAAUAGCCCUGUCCAGUUUCAACGGAUUCAAGACCAACAUAAUGUCAUAUAGUUGGAUUAUUUCCUUCGGACAGAUCUUCAUUUAUAUAAUGUUUGGCAUGGUUUCCUUUAUGCUGGGACACUACUUAAAGGGAUUCACCGAGCCUUUGUUCGAAGCGCAUGUGAUUAACGAUUGGAUGCUGUUCUUGGCCACUGCGUCAGCGUUGUCCUCAUUGGGUUGGCCAAAUCUGUGGACUUUUAUUUACUAUACCAUGCUACUGAUGGCUGCUCUUAUUGUAAUCACAACACAAAUAUUCACAAUCUUGCAAAGUUUGUUUGACGAGUUCGAACAGCUUAGAGCCAAAAAACAAGAGGUGACCUUUGGCCUGAUUGGUGGCCUAGCCGUCUGCUCUCUUUUCUUAUGUACAAAACAUGGUGUUGUUUAUUUUGCGACUCUAUCGAUCGAUGCUAUUUUCUCACAAACACUGUUGCAUUUGCUGCUUCUUUUGGUGAUUUUGUGGGUCUAUGGACGGGAACGAUUCCAGAGGGAUAUUAAGUUCAUGUUGGGCCAGCCCUUUGCCUCCUGGAAGGUUUUUAUACUCCGCUACGUAGCUCCGCCAACUUUAGUGAUAUGUUUGGUUUUGGAAAUUGAAAUGUGCUUAGGAGAACACUCUUAUGCCUCGGCAGUUAUCCACGUUAUGGCCAUUAUACUAUUGGGUUUACCCAUUCUGGCAAUACCUGGCUAUGGAAUUUACUACUUUCGUCAGAGACCCGGCAGCUUAUCCGCGCUCUUUAGAGCCACAGAUUGGUAUCCGGUUGAGAUGGAGUACCGGCUGCAGUACGGAGAACUUGUCCAGCAUUCAGAUAUGACCCACCAACUUUUCGAUGGCACCGAGGAGGUUAACUAAACAAUACUCUAGUAGUACAUUAUUUCUGAAAUAGAAAAACAUAUUUUUUAUUGUAAAAAUAUAUCAUAGAUCCUUCAAAUGGAUCCAUUGGCUUAAUCGAGUUCCUUAAAGGGGUUUUCCUUACUUACUGUUUAAAAACAGUAUUGUAAAUAAUUAAAUAAAAUUCAGAUCCGAUUG